CACCCCGGGCGGGAUGUCCAUCGGCAACGAUGGAUUUCCCUAACUUAUGGUAUAAAUAAGUUUCAUACUUGAAUGCUCGGGAAGUGUGAAUCACGUUGUCAGAAAAAUUUCAACAUUUCUCAGUGCGAUUUUUUUCAACAUUUUCGUGAGUGUGUGAAAUUAAACAAUCAAGAAUAUUGUUAAGAAUAUUAAUUGAUAGUGCACAAGAAUUAUGAUAAUCAAGAAUUCUAUUUAAAUGCUGGAAUAGUAUAACGACACAAAAUGUUGGGCAGCGAAGAGGAAUUUGAGGCUCAAACACAACCGGGAAUGACGAAAGCAGAACUCAGAAGGAGCAAUAAACCCAUCAUGGAAAAACGACGACGCGCUCGAAUUAAUCAAUAUCUUGAUGAACUGAAGAAUUUUAUACUUGUUAGUGAAAAAGACCCAACUAGACACUCGAAGCUCGAGAAAGCCGAUAUUCUUGAAAUGACGGUGAAGCAUAUACAAACGAUGCAACGACAGCAAUUGAACUCGGCCGUUGCUAACGAUCCGGCGGUACUAACGAAAUUCCGUUCCGGAUUUUCCGAAUGUGCUACCGAAGUAUCACGAUAUGUCAGCCGCCUCGAGAACGUCGACCCUGCCGUCAAGCAACGAUUGGUAUCACACUUGAACAAUUGCGUGAGUCAUCUCCAGCAAAUGGCGCCAUUCUACAGCCACUACGUGCCCUACAUGCCGGAACGUCUCUACCCGGAGGUAAAGGUCGGUUUCCAGAGCGAUUUCCAGAAUGGAGAUGAGAAUAACAACGGUAGCGCGAGAAUACAGAUACCGAAUGGAGUUCAAUUGAUUCCGAGCCGAUUGCCGACGGGCGAAUUGGCACUUUUGGUGCCGCAAUCCGCUGGUAUCUCCGCAACUUUCCCGUUCUUUCCACCAGCCACAGACUCAUCCGCAAGAGUUGGUCAGUCCUCGGCUUUUACCGCGGUUCACAGGCCGCACAGCCCACUGCUGAGCCCUUCGACUUCUACCUCCAGUUACGGCGAUGAGAGUCAUCAUUUGGAACAUCUACAAGCACCGUCACCUAAUCAUCAUCAACCGCAACGUCGAUUUAAAUUACUCGAGCAGAAUCCUGCUUCUUCAAAGAAUUUCUCGUUCUCGCCGGAGACUCAGAAACCGCAAAUUAGCUCAACCAGCGAUCGAAAGUCACCGGCAACGACAUUUCUCGAACCCAAAGUCGACGAUAAUGCCUCGAAUAGCUCGCUGCUCAAGAGGGACAGUCUCAGACGGACUCAUUCUGAUGGGCUUCUGGCGAUCUCAGAUAAGAGACCAAGAUAUCAGGAACCCACUAGUUCGACCUCCUUGAUGAAUAAUGCCGACACGCUUAAGAGCGUAAAUGAGCAGUCUGCUGCGAUUGAAGAUUUGUCGAGAAGUCAGAAUUCGCAAACUCCGCGAAACUCCAAUGCAAAUUCCGAUAAAUUUCCAAUGAGUCCAGCAGGGCCUUUUGGCGGCAAUGGCGAUAUGUGGAGACCUUGGUGAUCAUUAUUGCUAAAAAUAAAAUUUGCUGAAAAAUAAAAUUGCUAAAAAUAAAAUUAAAAGCAUUUCGAAACUGGACGAUUAUUUUUUAACAUAUUUAGUACAAAGUAGGAUGAAUUUAUUUUGAUUCCUAAUUUUUUGAAAUACCGAAGAAUAAUUGAUUGGCGAUAACGUGCCAUGAAGUUACACAAUUUUACACAUUUUGACGUUUGCUAAUGGUUUGCGUGAAUUACGAAUAAUCAGUGGCGGGAUUUUUGCGUGAUACGUAUUGUUAGAUCUAUGGUUUAUACAUUGUACGCUAUAAAAUAGUUUAAGGAUAAAUAAGGUCAUUACAAACAAUGCGGUUUUGUGCCAAAGCAUGAAAUUAUAGUAUAAUUUUUGGAGCAAGAUUGUUAAUGCAUUCCUUGAUUGCAUUGCUACGCUGUAUCCUCGCCAUUUCGUAAAGACUCGUAAGCUUUAAAUAGGUUUAACAAGAUUUUAUUAAGUUUGUCACAACACGUAAUAUGUGAAUAGCUCUGUAAAUAAUUCCAUUUUUAAUUGAUUAAAUUGUACCUUAAUUAUAAUUAUGCCGUAAAUCAAUAUUGUACGAGUGAUAACUUUUUAGAAGAUCUACGGCAAAACGGUGGUCAGUAUUGUCAAUUAACACGUUCACUGCCACGCAGAUUUUUAUAAACUCUGCAAAGGAAGACAAGAAUUGAAGAUUGCACGUAUAAUUUAGAAUUAUUGUGUAAUCUUUGAUAAAUAUAUUUGUUAUUGAAUUAGUUCUCAAUUUACUAUAUGUAUAAUUUCCUAAAUAUUGUUAGUUACAUUUUAUUCAUGACAAUGCGACAUGAGUAGCGGCUAUAGAUCACUGUUAUGGCAUUCAACGUGUUAAGAUAAUAUUAUCAGUUUGUGAUAAAAAAUAGAACGUUGAAAUACAAUCCUUGCGAAAGAUACAGUGUUUGUUACUUAUUUUUGAUUGAUUUUACAUGUAUAUUUACCGAUAAAAUGAAUAAAUUUGCAGGAUGCA